UCUUGCCAAGGACUGUUCCCCGGCGGCGCUGCCGCUGCCCGCUCGGGCCCGUUAGGCAGUGAGGGGGCGCGGGGCAGGCCGGGAAGGGCGCGGGGCAGGCCGGGAGUGCCCCGGCACACGGCACAGCGACACCGGCACCGGCACCGGCAGCGGCAGCGGCGGGAUGUGGUACGAGAUCCUGCCCGGCAUGGCCAUCAUGGGCGUCUGCCUCACCGUCCCCGGCAUGGCCACCAUCUUCAUGCACCGCUGGUGUCACGGCGGCAAGGAGAAGAGGGUGGCCCGCUACCCCUACGAGUGGACCCUGAUGGAGAGGGACCGGCGGCUGUCGGGAGUCAACAAGUACUACGUGUCCAAGGGUCUGGAGAACAUAGACUAAGGUGUCAACGCUUUGAAAAAUUCAUAUAUCUAUAGAAAAUGAUUUCACUCUUAAAUAAAGCUAUACAUGUGUUCAAAAAAAAAAAAAAAUGCACACUG